AUGAAAAUAUCUGAAGAAAUUAAAAGUAAAUUCAAACAAUUCGUAGAAACAUAUCAAGAUAUAAUUGAUGAAUGUAACGAUUCAAAAUUAAAUGGCCAUAUAUUAAACGGACAAUUAUAUUGGUGGUACACUAAAUAUUCAAAUUUAACAUCUUCCGAACUCAAGAACAAAAAUACUAUUGAAGUUUAUUUCCAAACUAAUCCAAAUGUUUAUCCAGUAAUAUCUAAACCUCUACAAAUAUUCAUAACACUUCCGGUGUCUACUGUCACGGGAGAACGAUCGUUUUCAACACUCCGUCGUUUGAAAACAUUUUUGAGAAAUUCUUCGGGACAAAUACGUUUAAAUGGUUUAGCCUUACUAAAAUAUAUUCACCACGAUAUCAACGUGGAUAUCAAUGAUGUUAUAGAUUAA